UGUCUCAAAAUAAAAAAAUAAAAAGUGUUGGGACUAUAGUUCAGCGUGAAGGUCCUGGGUUCAUUUCCCAGUGUGGAGGAAAAUAAAGGCAAGAGAAGCAGCCUGGACAGAGGAAAGGCAUUGCUAAAACUAGGAAGCAGGACGGACAAGUUUGAAAAGUCCCUCCUGGUGGAGGGGACUGUGUGCACCCCUGUCUGCACGCCAGAAUCCGUCAGUGCCCCCAGAAUUGUAAUACUACUCUGAAAGAAAGCUGCUGUGUAUCCUUUGUCAAGUGGUUCGGCCACAGAGUUGUUUGAGGAAUAAUACAAUUAAUCAGGAGGAGAGCUUGACAUAGUUCCUGAUAAGGAGUCAACAAUGAAUGUGCCUUUAAAGGUCCCGACGCCUCACAGCCCUUAUUACAGUUUGUAAUCUCACAGUCACCUGAGGGUUCUGUUUGUUUAACAUCUGCCUCCUGCCAGAAGGUUAACUCUCCCAGGGCACCGGCACUACCUGAUGGUUUCCGCUUGCCCAGCUCCCGCCAGCGCAGGGCGGUUCAUCCAGUCAUUGAUGUUUACUAAGAUUUAUAUGUCCUGUAAGUAGGGUGCUAGGGACACCGUGGCAACCAAGACCUACUGCAGUUCAGUCUGAGGCCAGCAAUAAACAAACUGAAAAAACAAAUGGUGGCGGGGAGGCACCGAGUCCAGGCCUCAGACUGCGCAAGGAGCACCACGCCCCACUCUGGCCGGAGCUCGCCGAGCAGCUCCCCAUCCCUCCGGAAGCGGCUGCAGCUCUUACCCCCAAGCCGGCCACCCCCUGAGCCCGAAACAGGCACCAUGGUGGAGAAGGGGUCGGACAGCUCCUUGGAGAAGGGUGGGGUGCCUGGGACCCCCAGCACCCAGAGUCUGGGCAGCCGGAACUUCAUCCGUAACAGCAAGAAGAUGCAGAGCUGGUACAGUAUGCUAAGCCCCACGUACAAACAACGCAAUGAGGACUUCCGGAAACUGUUCAGCAAACUUCCCGAGGCGGAGCGCCUCAUUGUGGAUUACUCCUGCGCCCUGCAGCGUGAGAUCCUCCUCCAGGGCCGCCUCUAUCUCUCUGAGAACUGGAUCUGCUUCUACAGCAAUAUCUUCCGCUGGGAGACCACAAUUUCCAUCCAGUUGAAGGAAGUGACGUGUCUGAAGAAGGAAAAGACGGCCAAGCUCAUCCCCAAUGCCAUCCAGAUCUGUACGGAGAGUGAGAAGCAUUUCUUCACCUCCUUUGGGGCCCGUGACCGCUGCUUCCUCCUCAUCUUCCGCCUCUGGCAGAACGCGCUGCUGGAGAAGACGCUGAGUCCCCGCGAGCUCUGGCACCUGGUGCAUCAGUGCUAUGGGUCCGAGCUGGGCCUCACCAGCGAGGAUGAAGAUUAUGUCUCCCCCCUGCAGCUGAAUGGUCUGGGGAGCCCCAAGGAGGUGGGAGAUGUGAUCGCCCUGAGUGACAUCACCCCCUCAGGGGCCACCGAGCACAGCCAGGAGCCGAGCCCCGUGGGGUCCCGCCGCGGCCGAGUUACGCCCAACCUUUCCCGGGCCAGCAGCGAUGUGGCAGAGGAGGACAAGGAGGAGCAGCCGGACAACCAGCUAGAUGCCUCCUCCAGCCAGACGGUGACCCCAGUGGCAGAGCCCCUGGGUGCAGAGCCCGCCCCACCCGAAGGGCCCACCUCCCUGGGGCCCUUGGACCUGCUGCCCAGGGAGGAGCUGCUGACGGACACCAGUAACUCUUCUUCAUCCACAGGGGAAGAAGGUGAGGCAGCUGACCUGGCUGCCCUGCUUCCUGAUCUCUCUGGCCGGCUCCUCAUCAACUCUGUCUUCCACGUGGGUGCCGAGCGGCUGCAGCAGAUGCUCUUCUCAGACUCGCCCUUCCUCCAGGGCUUCCUCCAGCAGUGCAAAUUCACAGAUGUGACCUUGAGCCCCUGGAGUGGGGACAGCAAGUGCCACCAGCGCCGGGUGCUGACAUACACUAUCCCCAUCAGCAACCCCCUGGGUCCCAAGAGUGCCUCGGUGGUGGAGACACAGACGCUGUUCCGGCGCGGCCCGCAGGCAGGCGGCUGCGUGGUGGACUCGGAGGUGCUGACGCAGGGCAUUCCCUACCAGGACUACUUCUACACCGCCCACCGCUACUGCAUUCUGGGCCUGGCCCGGAACAAGGCCCGGCUCCGGGUGUCCUCAGAGAUCCGCUACCGGAAGCAGCCGUGGAGCCUUGUCAAGUCCCUCAUUGAGAAGAACUCAUGGAGUGGCAUUGAAGAUUAUUUCCACCACCUGGAGCGAGAGCUAGCCAAGGCCGAGAAGCUGUCCCUGGAGGAAGGCGGGAAGGAUGCCCGGGGCUUGCUGUCAGGCCUGCGGAGGCGGAAGCGGCCCCUCAGCUGGAGGGGUCACGGUGACGGGCCCCAGCACCCAGACCCUGACCCCUGCGCCCGGGCUGGCAUGCACACCUCAGGCUCCCUCAGCUCCCGUUUCUCAGAGCCGUCCAUGGACCAGGGCCCUGGGGCAGGCAUCCCCAGCGCCCUGGUUCUCAUCAGCAUUGUGAUCUGUGUGAGCCUCAUCGUCCUCAUUGCCCUCAACGCCCUUCUUUUCUACCGCCUCUGGUCCCUGGAGAGGACAGCCCACACCAUCGAGUCCUGGCACAGCCUGGCCCUGGCCAAGGGCAAAUUCCCCCAGACGGCCACAGAGUGGGCUGAGAUCCUGGCCCUGCAGAAGCAGUUCCACAGUGUGGAGGCGCACAAGUGGAGGCAGAUCCUGCGGGCUUCUGUGGAGCUCCUGGAUGAGAUGAAGUUCUCGCUGGAGAAGCUGCAUCAAGGCAUCACAGUCUCAGACCCUCCCUUUGACACCCAGCCGCGGUCCGAUGACAGCUUCUCCUGAGGAUACCUGGCCACACAGCUGCCCCCCGAAACCGACAGAAGGACACACAGAGCCCCGGCGGCCACUGCUGGCAUGGUGUGAGCGCCGGGAGCCUCCUACUGCCCCCACCCCUUCCCUGUGGCCUGGCCAGGGGCCACACAGAACUGGGGACCACAACCAAGAUGCACUUUAGACCAGCGUGUGCGAGUCCAGCUGCCAUCACCUGUCUGGCCAGGGAGCUGGCCUGGCCCUUGGCAGGCCCCCCACUAACUUAUUUUGCCCAGCUGGGGUUGUGGGGGGGCACCCCGUGGGGUGCACUAUUCCCUCAGCUCUGGGUUUAAUGUAUUAUAUUUAUUUGGGGCUGACAGAGCUCCAAUAAAGGGUUGGAAAUGGC